GGGCCCUGGAACCUGGCAGGAGUCUGUCUGCUGUUGUGUCACAGGUUAGAGUUUUACCAGAGCUCUGAUCAUAACUAAUGACAAUUUGAAGUAGUCUACAUGCAUUUUUUCCUGUUUUUUUUUAUUUACAGCAGAAACCUGUCAUGGUUGUGCAUCCUCUGGGCCGGCGUACACGUUGGGGUCGUGUCGCACCGGCUCAACAGGUCCAGCCCUCGGCCGCUCGGCAGUUCCAGGCUACACCUAUCGCUGUUGUCUCACUGCCGAGAUUUACAAGCAGAGGGAAGGAGCAACCUGUCCAGGUUGUGCGUCCUCUGGGCUGGCCUACACGAGAGGGUCUUGUCGCACCCGCUCGGCAUGACCAGCCCCCGCCCGCUCGGCAGGACCCGACCCCGCCCGCUCGGCAGGAACCGAUCCCGCCCGCUGCUGUAUCACAGCAGAAACCUGUCAUGGUUGUGCGUCCUCUGGGCUGGUCCACACUUGCGGGUUGUGUCGCACCGGCUCAGCAGGUCCAGCCCUCGGCCGCUCGGCAGUUCCUGCCUACACGUAUCGGUGGUGUCUCACUGCCGAGUUUUACAAGCAGCGGUAAGGAGAAACCAGUCGCGGUUGUGCAUCCUCUGGGCUGGCCUACACGUGAGGAGCGUGUUGUGCCCCCUUCGCAGAACCGGACCCCGCCUGCUCGGCAGGACCGGCCCCUGCCCGCUGCUUUCUCACAGCUAUUCCAGAUCCCGUCCGCUCAGCAGGACCGGACCCCGCCCGCCCGGCAGGACCGGACCCCGCCCGCCCGGCAGGACCGGACCCCGCCCGCCCGGCAAGACCGGACCUCGCUCGCUCGGCAGGACCAGCCCCUGCCCCCGCCCUAUGCUGUCUCACAGCUAGUCCAGAUUCCGCCCGCUCAGCAGGACCGGACCCCGCCCCCUUGGCAGGACCGGACCUCGCCCGCUCGGCAGGACCAACCCACUGCUGUCUCACAGCAGAAACCUGUCCAGGUUGUGGCUCCUCUGGGCCGGUCCACACUUGAGGGUUGUGUCGCAUCGGCUCAGCAGGUCCAGUCCUUGCAGCCUCAGCGGAUCCUGCCUACACCGAUCGCUGGUGUCUCACUGCAGAGACCUGUCCAGGUUGUGCGUCCUCUGGGCAGGCCUACACGUGAGGAGCAUGUCGCACACGCUCGGCAGGACCAGCCCCGGACCGUUCGGCAGGACCAGACCCUGACUGUUCGACAGCCUUUUGCUGUCUCACAGCUAGUCCAGACCCCGCCCGUUCGGCAGGUCCAGAUCCCGUCUGCUCGGCCGGUCCAGAUCCCAUCGGCUCGGCAGGUCCAGAUCCCAUCGGCUCGGCAGGUCCAGACCUCGCCCCCUCGGCAGGACCAGACCCCGCCUGCCCGGCAGGCCCAGACCCCGACUGUUCAGCAGCCCUUUGCUGUCUCACAGCUAGUCCAGACCCCGCCCACUCGGCAGGACCAGACCCGACAGUUCGGGAGGACCAGACCACAACCAUUCGGCAGGACCAGACCCCGACCGUACGCAGGACCAGAUCCCGCCCGCUCGGCAGGACCAGAUCCCGCCCCCUCGGCAGGACCAGACCCCGGCCAUCUCGGCAGGACCAGACCCCGGCCCUCUCGGCAGGACCAGACCCCGAACGCUCGCUCAGCAGACAAGUUUUGUAUCGACAUGGGCACAGAAGCACAGUUAAUUUGCUUUGAAAUGGCUCUCACUUCUCGGCUGGACUCAGCGUACCAUCGACAGCUUAAGAGGUUAAUAGGCACACAGGCAGCAGUGGCGGACUUACAGCAGUCGGCACGGCGUGUGAUGGGCUCUUCACCGCCACUCUUCACAUCCGCCCGAUGGCUAGACGGGGGAAAAUCGUUUCUGGGCACCGUACUAUUUCUGGAGGCCCGAAGCACGCUCACAACAUAUGCUGUACUGAACUAA